ACUGCGCACGUCUCAGACAAUGCCACCGCGUCGCCAUGUACCAUCGCCCUCUCCGAAAUGCUUCCCAAGAUAUGCUCUUGAGCCUGGUCUCCAUCCGGCGGUUGACGCCGUCCUCAAGCAGCUCAAGGCAUGCUCGCGCAGACUCCAAGCAGCCCUUGUCAGUCAUCGCACCGAACUCCAAGUUUUGGAACGGCUAUAUUACAAGGGAAAGAACCAGCAUCGAACAGCUCUAUUUUGGCAGCGGGUUGCUGAGAUGAGAAAGCUUGGUGAGCGUCUGGACGAAAUGCAUAUGGACGACGUAGUGGAAAGCCUGCGACUGUCGUACUGGGGCGAACCGUCCGUACGGACCACAAAGCUCUUGAAAGGUCCGUGGACGCACUAUCCGGACGCGAAACUAUCACUAUUCGUUCUGGAGAGGUGCUCCGCGUGCUGCACGCUGAUUGACAGAUCUCGAGAACGGCUACUGUCUGCAUAUGAGUCCUUUACCCUCAUGAUGCAGACAGGCGCAUUUCUUCAGUUGGUCCUCACGCUGGCUGCUAUCGCAUCGCGAAUGAGCCUCCUUCUAUCCGAGGUGAGAGCUGUGCUCCAGAAUACUUGGUUCGCCAGCUACACGGCCUUGCAAACGUUGCAACUAUCCGAAGCGCAAAAGGUGAGAAAGUUUGUCAAGGCCAACGAGGAGGAGCUUGUGGGAUCUACUCCCAUACUGUCCAACACCACUUCAAGAGCCAUUAGCAAGGUCCCCGCUCCCGCUGAGGCUAUGGACGAAGACGUCGGAAGCGCAUUAGUCCGUACCACCACAGUACAUCCCCAGGAAGAUAUGAUACCGGCCGUGGUGUCGCUCCCAUCUGCCAACGAACCGCUGUCGCUAGACUCCGACGAGAAAGAGCGGGUCGACUUCACAACGUUUUCCCUCUCGAGCGAGCUUGAAGUCGGCCGAGCAACGCGUGUAAGACAUACAGCGGGUUCUGUCACGUCGUCGCAUGUUCCCACCGUUACGUCAGUCUCAACUGCUGAGAACACAGACAAUGGCGCGAAACGGAAGAAGAGCGACGCCGAAGCUGUGUCUGUUAAACCUGCGAAAAAGAAGAAAAAGAAGCGAGACGAGAUCGACGACAUUUUUGGAUUCUAG